GGAGCCUCCGCCCCCCUGUCGCUGGGCGGCUGAGUGGGCGCCUGGACCGCGUCGGCUCCUGGUCGUCCCGAUGAUUCCCGGCUGGCGGCGGCGGCGGCGGCAGAGGCGGAGGGAGGAUGACAGCGCCGCGGGAGAGGAGUGCCGACCUGGCUCGUUUCUACACUGUCACCGAGCCCCAGCGACACCCGAGGGGCUACACUGUGUAUAAGGUCACCGCCCGGGUUGUUUCACGGAGAAACCCAGAGGAUGUCCAGGAGAUAAUCGUAUGGAAGAGAUACAGUGACUUUAAGAAAUUACACAAAGAGCUAUGGCAAAUUCACAAACACUUAUUCCAUCAUUCAGAACUGUUUCCUCCCUUUGCUAAAGGAAUAGUAUUUGGGCGAUUUGAUGAAGCCGUCAUAGAAGAGAGAAGACAGUGUGCCGAAGACCUGCUGCAGUUCUCUGCCAACAUUCCUGCUCUUUACAACAGUAAACAGCUUGAAGAGUUUUUUAAGGGGGAUAUUCUUAAUGACUGCAGUGAUUUGGUUGGCCCUUCUGGAAUACAUAGCGAUCGGGGCAUAGGGACUUUCCCAGAGGAGGACACAGAAGGGAAGGACAGCCCCACGCGCCGCGAAGCUGUGAAGAGGAGGACGGCAGAGUACCUGUUGCGGGUGGAGAGCAUCUCCGGGCUCUACCGGAGCCCGCGGCUGGACAGUGGAUCUCAGCCUCCAGGAUCACUAAGUUCAAGGCCCCCUUGGAACCUAAGGAGCCCUGCCGAGGAGCUGAAGGCCUUCAGAGUCCUUGGGGUGAUUGACAAGGUUUUACUUGUUAUGGACACAAGGACAGAACAGACAUUCAUCUUAAAAGGUCUGAGGAAAAGCAGCGAGUCCAGCAGGAACAGAAAGACCAUCAUCCCCCGCUGCGUGCCCAACAUGGUGUGUCUGCACAAGUACAUCGUCUCAGAGGAGUCAGUGUUCCUGGUGCUGCAGCAUGCCGAAGGUGGCAAGCUCUGGUCAUAUAUCAGUAAAUUUCUAAAUAGAAGUCCUGAGGAAAGCUUUGAUACUAAGGAAAUGAAAAAAUCCACACUUGCUCAGGUUUACCUGCAGCAGCCAGCUUCUAGUCCUCAGGACAGCAGCAGCUUUGAGUCCAGAGGAAGUGAUGGGGGAGGCGUGCUCCGAGUUCUGCCUCUGAAGACCAGCCUCACUCUAAGUUCUCAAGAGGACAGCAAUCAGGAAGACGAUGGCCAGGACAGCUCUCCCAAAUGGCCCGAUUCUGGUUCAAGUUCAGAAGAAGAAUGCACUACAAGUUAUUUAACACUAUGCAAUGAAUAUGGUCAAGAAAAGAUUGAACCAGGGACUUUGAAUGAGGAGCCCUUUGUGAAGACUGAAGGGAAGGAUGCUGAUGCCAAAGUCCUCCAGAGCUUCCCGGCAUGCCUUGGUGCAGACAGUGGUGGCUCCCGUGCACAGCUAAGAACUCCCGAGCUCAAGUUCUUCCCUGGAGAUGAGGACCGAGAGACAGUUCCUUCUCCUAGAACAUCCAAUUCCCUUAGCAGAUCUAAGAACAGUCCCAUGGAACUUUUUAGAAUAGAUAGUAAGGACAGCACAAGUGAAUUUCUGGGACUUGAUUUUGGAGAAAAAUUGUACAGUCUGAAAUCAGAACCCUUGAAGCCAUUCCUUGGUCUUCCAGAUGGAGACUAUACUUCCAGGAGUUUUAAUGCCAGUGAGAGCAGAGUCAAGUUUACAGCUGUGGACACCAUUAGCAGGGGGUCAGAUGACUCAAUCCCGGUUAUUUCGUUUAAGGAUGCAGCAUCAGAAGACAUCACUAGUACUGAUGAAGGAAGGCCUGAUCUGCUUGUAAAUCUACCUGGUGAAUUGGAGCUACCAAAAGAAGUUGCAGCUAUGGGACCUAUUAAGUUUACACAGACUUCCUUAGGCAAAGUAGAAAAUAAGCUGCUGGAGGCCCCGGAUGUGUUAGGCCUUGGGCUUAGUACUGAGCAAUGCCAAGCCCCUGAAGAAGGCUCAGAGAACCUGAGCAGUCCCUCUAGACCCAGGGCCUGUAGUAUACCUGAGACACACGAUGCCCAGGAGGACCUGGGAGUGUUAUUGGCUGCAGCUGUUGAUCAUAGCCAUUCAGAAGACACGUGUUUGUCAUGUAGCCCAGAUCCAAAAUUUGGACUACGUGGAGUAACUGAGUCAGGAUUAAGUGCAAACAACACAGAAGAAAGCUUAUUUCAUAUUUCUAGUCCACUCUCAGGUGCUAAUGGAUGUAAUGCAAACACAGAAACUUUCAAAACUGAAGAAGUGUUGCUGUUUACAGAUCAGGCCGAUGACUUGGUGAAAGAGGAACCUACUUCUUUAUUCCAAAGAAACUCAGAGAUAAAGGGCAAGAGUGGGUUAGCGUGGGAAGAAGACAAGGAAAUCCAUCAGAUUUUUGAGGACCUUGAUAAAAAAUUAGCACUAAACUCCAGGUUUUAUAUCCCAGAGGGCUGCAUUCAAAGAUGGGCAGCUGAAAUGGUGGUAGCCCUUGAUGCUUUACAUAGAGAGGGAAUUGUGUGCCGCGAUUUGAACCCAAACAACAUCUUAUUGAAUGAUAGAGGACACAUUCAGCUAACGUAUUUUAGCAGGUGGAGUGAGGUUGAAGAUUCCUGUGACAGCGAUGCCAUAGAGAGACUGUACUGUGCCCCAGAGGUUGGAGCAAUCACAGAAGAAACGGAAGCCUGUGAUUGGUGGAGCUUGGGUGCUGUCCUCUUUGAACUUCUCACUGGCAAGACUUUGGUUGAAUGCCACCCAGCAGGAAUAAAUACUCACACUACCUUGAACAUGCCAGAAAGUAUCUCCGAAGAGGCUCGCUCUCUCCUACAACAGCUCUUGCAGUUCAACCCCCUGGAACGUCUGGGUGCUGGAGUGGCCGGUGUCGAAGAUAUCAAAUCUCACCCAUUUUUUACCCCUGUGGAUUGGGCAGAACUGUUGAGAUGAAUUGCACACAUCCUG